AUGUCUCCAAGCAAAACUUUCAUCUUCUUAGCUCUCUUAUCCUUUUCACCACAACUCUUCCUAACAAUUUCUUCUGCAGUAGAAGAUAAUGGCCUUCUCAUGAACUACUACAAAGAAUCAUGUCCACAAGCCGAAGAAAUCAUCAAAGAACAAGUCAAACUCCUCUACAAACGCCACAAGAACACCGCUUUCUCAUGGCUCAGAAACAUCUUCCAUGACUGUGCUGUUCAGAGUUGUGAUGCUUCUUUGUUGCUGACAUCCACAAAAAGAAGCUUGUCUGAGCAAGAACAUGACAGAAGCUUUGGUUUGAGAAACUUUAGGUACAUUGAUACCAUCAAAGAAGCUGUUGAAAGAGAGUGUCCUGGUGUUGUUUCUUGUUCUGAUAUCCUUGUUCUUUCAGCCAGAGAUGGAGUUGUUUCGCUAGGAGGUCCUUAUAUUCCAUUGAAAACUGGAAGAAGAGAUGGUAGAAAGAGUAGAGUGGAUCUGUUGGAGGAGUACCUUCCUGACCACAAUGAAUCAAUUUCUUCUGUUCUUGACAAGUUUGGUGCCAUGGGAAUUGACACUCCUGGAGUUGUUUCUUUGCUUGGAGCACACAGUGUUGGUAGAACACAUUGUACAAAACUAGUGCACCGUUUAUAUCCAGAAGUUGAUCCAGCUUUGAAUCCAGAUCACAUUCCACACAUGCUAAAGAAGUGUCCUGAUUCAAUCCCUGACCCUAAGGCAGUUCAAUACGUGAGAAAUGACCGUGGUACCCCCAUGAUUCUUGACAACAAUUACUAUAGGAAUAUUCUUGACAACAAGGGUCUUUUGAUAGUGGAUCAUCAACUAGCACAUGACAAAAGAACAAGGCCUUAUGUGAAGAAAAUGGCCAAGAGUCAAGAGUAUUUCUUCAAGGAGUUUUCUAAAGCUAUUACAUUGCUUUCUGAGAAUAACCCUCUAACCGGUUCAAAAGGUGAGAUUAGAAAAGAGUGCAGUGUUGCUAACAAACAACACCAUGAUGAGCCUUGA